CAAAGUUCAAACAUUCUAGACCCUUCCACACCUUCCUUCUCCUUCCUCUUCCCCUUUUUAUCAUCACAAAAAAACCCUAAAAAAUCACACCCCAAAUGGACUCAGAACCAGACCGAUCACUACCCGCUUUGAUCGAGCGGCUAAUGCCGUUGUUCGCAUCGUUCUCAACAACCGGACCCGACUCAUCUCCAGAACAAGAACCGGACCGGGUCGUCCUGAUCAACCCACUGACACAACACAUGGGAAUGAUGAACGAGUUAAGGAAACCGGGUCAGCCGCCGGCGAGUCAGGCGUCGAUCGACGGUUUACCAACCACUGAGAUUAAACGUACGGACGAGAUUGAAAGUUUGGGGGGUGAGUGUGUGAUAUGUUUGGAGGAGUUGAAGGUUGGUGAUGUGGUGAGUGAGAUGCCAUGUAAGCAUAAGUAUCAUUGUGGGUGUUUGAAAAAGUGGUUGAAGAUUCAUGGGUCGUGUCCGGUUUGUCGGUUUAAGAUGCCGGUUGAUGGUUCCGGUGAGAAGGUUAAGGGUGAGGUUUGGGUGGGUUUGGUGUUUGGUGUGAGACGUGAAUCUGAGGGCUUGGAGUCGUGAAAACAUACUUUGAUGAUUACUACUGGUAGGUACGUUGGAAUUUUAGGGUGGUAUAGUGGAGAUGAAUCAAUCAUAUGAUAGCAGUAGUAGUUUUGUUGUUUUUAGUUUUUAUUUUUUAGUUUCUUAGUUUGUUCAUCUUAGAACUUGAAGUUUAUUUUUUAGUUUCUUAGUUUGUUCAUCUUAGAACUUGAAGUUAUGCAUUUAGUUUGAAUGUUAUUAUUGGGUUGCGGUUUAACAUGCUA